GGCCGGUUUGAACCGGACCAGACCGGUUCGGCCAUCUCUUCCUCCUCUCCAUCAUUUUCUCCUGAAAACACCAUGGAAAGAAGAAACAUGGCAGCCCCCAUGUGGGGGCGGACGAUGGGGAUGGAGCUGGGGGCAGCCGGCCGGCCACUGGUGCAGGUGGAGGCGCCCCUUCUCUUCAUGGUGGUGGUGCUAUUUGUUCAUCUUCUACCUCUCUCUCUCUCAAGCCUCCAUUAAAGACAUGAAAAAAAAGCUUCUUGAAGCGGCAUAAUCCAAGUAAACACCAUAUACAUUCAACAAGAACAUUUCAUACAAGCAAGAACAUGAUCAGUGACAUGGGAUGAAGAGAAUUCAAGGCUUACCGACGGAGCGGGGAUUUGCUCCGGUUAGUAUUGAAAAUUGUCGAUAAAUUCACCAACAAGAAACGCGAAAAACUUCAAAGUAAGCUUUUUUCACUCCAAAUAAUUUCCAAUGAUGACAAUGAUUGAAUAUAGAUGAAUAAUCUUGAAUAUUACUUGUUGAAACUUUGAUGAUGAAUGUAGAUUAGAACCUUGGAGUAAAAUGAUGAAUAUAUGUUGAUGAAUGUGGUAAAUCUUUAAGCAUGAAACUUGAUGAAAUCUUGGAUGAUGAUGAUUGAAUAAUUGUUAGAUGUAGAACAUAACAUUUGCACUUGAAUAUGAAUAACAUUGAGAUGAUAACACUCGAAUUUUGUUGAUUCUUGAAUGAUGAAUACUUGUGGAAUUGUUGUAUUUUGUUGUGUUAAGAAGUGUGGUUGGGCCUAACUCAUCCCUACAAAACCGGUUUGUAGGGUGAGGACUCUUAACACACCCCCUAACUCAAGCCAUAUAUUGUCCGAUGUGGGACUCUUAACACACCCCCUCACGCCCAGUACUAGACAACUGGAGCGUGGAAAUAAAUGGCGGGUGACCCGAUAGCGGAAACCAUAGAAGGUGGCCCACCGGAUCUUAAACGAGGCUCUUGAUACCAUGUUAAGAAGUGUGGUUAGGCCAAACUCAACCCACAUCGACUAUAUCAUGUAUUUAGUUAUAAUCUAUCUAUAUAUAAUAAAGUCUCCGUAGUGCUUUACAAAACACACGGUUUAUUCAAAUGUCUCUUAGUCUCUUGUAUUUCAACAUGGUAUCUAGAGCCUGCUGAGAGACAACCAUUUACCGUGCUUUACCCGGUUGACCCACUGUCUGGUGAGAAAUUUUUGGCAAACCGUGUCAUAACUCCGGUUUGCCUUCCAUACAUUGUCGUGACUCAUUCUGGCAUCCAUUUUCAAAUUUCUCCAGUCACCACCGGACUGCUAUCGCCAUCCGCUGUUGCCGUUAUUGUUUUCGGCAACCUUUCGGAAAACUAACCCUACCGGCAGACACGCCUCCUCCGAUCCGGCCGAUCCCGACAAUUUUUCCAGCGCCCCACUCGCCACCGUGCUACUGUUCCAGAUCUGAUACUCAUGGCUACUACUCAGAACUUUACGCCAAACUACGAUGAUUUUCUCAGGUGGUAUCAAAAUUAUCAGAACUCAUUUUCUACUGCUUCGGUUGCACACGCUGGUAAUUCAUCUGCUUGUCUCUCUCAAUCAUCUUCUCUUGGACCUUGGGUUCUUGAUUCUGGUGCGUCUGAUCAUGUUACUGGUAAUAAAAAUCUUUUCACUUCCCUCUCUACCUCGGGUGUCUUACCUACUAUAACUUCUACCAAUGGUUCUCAAACCCAAACUGAAGGGAUUGGUACUGUUCAAAUUCUACCUUCUCUCUUUGUUACUUCUGUUCUCUAUGUACCUAAUUGUCCAUUUAAUUUACUUUUAGUCAGUCGUUUAACUCGUUCUCUUGAUUGUAUUGUCACCUUCACUAAAUGUAAUGUUAUCCCGCAGGAUCGGAGUUCGGGACGGACGAUUGGCGUCGGAUGUGAGUCUCAAGGCCUUUAUUACCUCUCAGUGUCAUCUCAGGCUUGUUCAGCCAAAGAUUCUCCACUCACUAUCCACGCUCAGUUAGGUCAUCCUAGUCUUCCUAAACUACAGAAGUUGGUUCCAAGUUUAUCGAAGGUGUCUAAUUUACAUUGUGAAUCGUGUCAGUUAGGUAAACACACUCGUAGUCAAUUUCCCAAUCGAGUCAAUAAACGAGCUUUGUCCCCUUUUGCUUUAGUUCACUUUGAUGUUUGGGGUCCAUCGCGUACUGUCUCUACACUAGAGUCUAGGUAUUUUGUCACCUUUAUUGAUGAUUUUUCACGUUGCACAUGGUUAUUUUUAAUGAAAAAUAGAUCUGAAUUAUUCUCUAUUUUUGAACAAUUUUAUAAAGAAAUAAAAAUUCAGUUUGGUGUGUCUAUUCGUACCUUAAGAAGUGAUAAUGCUCGUGAAUACUUAUCCCAACAAUUUCAAACUUUUAAGUCGAGCAAUGAUAUUCUCCACCCAACAUAUUGUCCUCAUACACCUCAACAAAACGGGGUAGCCGAACGCAAAAAUCGGCAUCUCGUAGAAACCACUCGAACCCUACUUCUCCAUGGUAACGUUCCACUUCGGUUUUGGGGAGAUGCGGUGCUAACGUCAUGUUACCUUAUAAAUCGCAUGCCCCCAUCUGUCCUUAACGAUAGAAUCCCUCAUUCAAUCUUUUUUCCCAAUUCUCCACUUCAUUCAAUUCCUCCCCGAGUCUUCGGGUCCACAUGUUUUGUACACAAUCUCUCUCCUGGUCUUGAUAAACUAUCAGCUCGAUCACUAAAGUGUGUCUUUCUUGGUUAUCAUCGAUCCCAAAAAGGUUAUCAUUGCUACUCACAUACUCUACAGCGAUACGUAUCUGCCGAUGUUACCUUCUUCGAGUCUGCUCCAUAUUUCGAGUCCAGUCAAGUAACUCCGGAACCCGUUCAGGAGAGUACUCCCACACCUCUUUCGGCAGUCUCAUUUCCCAUUAUCUCCGAUCAUUCUAGCCCUACGGUUGACCCCCUCACUUCUCGGCCACUUCAAACAUAUCAGCGUCGUCAACCCACGUCUGUCACACCUAUCCUUGAGGCAAUACCUAUCCCUGAUACACUAAUUGUCCAUGAGGUCAUUGCAGACUCUCCUCCGACGCCUUCGCCAUCAUUGGAUCCGAUCCCGCAACCUGAGUCUGAUCUUCCGAUUGCUCUUCAAAAAGGUAUACGUGAAACACGAAAUCCUUCUCCACAUUAUAUUGAUUUAUGUUAUCAUCGUCUUUCCCCUUUGCAGUAUACUUGUUUGUCUUCUUUGUCUUCUGUUUCUAUUCCUAAUACUCCAGGUGAAGCAUUAUCUCACCCUGAGUGGAGGCAAGCAAUGAUUGACGAAAUGUGUGUUCUUCAAAGCAGUGGUACUUGGGAAUUGGUUCCUCUACCCCCUGGAAAAUCUUUAGUAGGUUGUCGUUGGCUUUAUACUGUGAAGGUUGGUCCAGAUGGUAAGAUUGAUCGAUUUAAAGCUCGCUUGGUAGCCAAAGGAUACACUCAGAUUUUUGGAUUGGAUUAUAGUGAUACCUUCUCGCCUGUAGCCAAGAUGGCAUCUAUUAGACUUCUUCUAGCCAUUGCAGCCAUUCGACAUUGGCCUCUUCAUCAACUUGACAUCAAAAAUGCCUUUUUACAUGGUGAUCUUGAAGAGGAAGUAUAUAUGGAGCAACCACCUGGGUUUGUUGCUUAGGGGGAGUCCUCAAAUAUGGUUUGUAGGCUACACAGGUCUCUUUAUGGUCUUAAGCAAUCUCCGAGAGCUUGGUUUGGCAGAUUCAGCACUGUAGUACAACAGUUUAGUAUGGUCCGUAGUGAAGCUGAUCAUUCUGUGUUUUAUCGUCACUCUGCUCAAGGGUGUAUCUUUCUUAUUGUAUAUGUGGAUGAUAUUGUCAUAACCGGCAGCGAUCAGCAAGGAAUACGCCAGUUAAAACAACAUCUCUCGAAUCAAUUUCAGACAAAAGAUCUUGGUAAACUCCGUUAUUUCUUAGGUAUUGAGGUAGCCCAAUCUAAAGAUGGUUUGGUGAUUUCUCAGCGGAAAUAUGCGUCGGAUAUUUUGGAAGAAACAAGUUUGUUGAAUGCUAAACUAGCUGAUACUCCUAUGGAUCCAAGUGUCAAACUCCUACCCAAUCAGGGGGAGCCCCUAUCUGACUCAGGAAGGUAUAGGAGAUUGGUUGGAAAGUUGAAUUAUCUCACAGUCACUCGUCCGGACAGUUCUUUUGCAGUUAGUGUGGUAAGCCAAUUCUUAAAUUCUCCUUGCCAAAAACACAUGGAUGCUGUUGUCCGAAUUCUAAGAUACAUCAAAUGUGCUCCAGGAAAAGGGCUCUUGUAUGAAGAUAAAGGACAUACUCAGAUAGUUGGAUACUCUGAUGCUGAUUGGGCAGGGUCACCCAUUGAUAGACGAUCCACCUCUGGGUAUUGUGUACUUGUUGGAGGAAACCUUAUAUCCUGGAAAAGUAAGAAACAAAAUGUAGUUGCAAGAUCAAGCGCUGAGGCAGAGUAUAGGGCCAUGGCAAUGGCAACAUGUGAACUCAUUUGGUUAAAACAGUUGCUCAAAGAACUUCAAAUUGAAGAAGCAAGACCAACGACACUUGUUUGUGAUAAUUAAGCUGCAUUGCACAUUGCUUCAAAUCCAGUCUUCCAUGAGAGGACCAAACACAUUGAGAUAGAUUGUCAUUUUGUCAGAGAGAAGAUUGAAUCAGGCGACAUUGUCACAAGCUUUGUCAACUCCAAUGAUCAAUUAGCAGAUGUGUUUACAAAAUCUCUGCGAAGUCCUAGAACUAAUUAUAUAUGUGGCAAGCUUGGUGCAUUUGAUUUAUAUGCUCAAGCUUGAGGGAGAGUGUUGAUAUUUGUAAAUAUAUAGUGUUAAGAAUAUUAUUAUAUAGAAUAGUCCCACAUCGACUAUAUCAUGUUUUUAGUUAUAAUCUAUCUAUAUAUAAUAAAGUCUCCGUAGUGCUUUACAAAACACACGGUUUAUUCAAAUGUCUCUUAGUCUCUUAUAUUUCAACAUGUUGAAUUUUGGAUGGAGGUUUAGUUUCACCAAUCUAGAAUUUUCAUUUUUGAAAUUCUAGAUGGUGAUGGCGAUGAACUUUAGUGAUGGUUAGGGAUGAAGAAAGUAAUGGAAAAUUGAGAGAGAGUGGAGAAAAUUGAAAGUACGAAAAUGGUUAAAAUGCUUAGGUCCCCAAAAUUAUGGAAAUGGAGGAUUUUUAUAGUUUUUGUGGGUGGUUGUGAACCUUUAGAUUGUGAUCCAAGUUAGAAGUUUAUCAAUGGUCGAAAAGCAAUUUUAGAGGUUUAGUUGCGGAUCAUUAACCGUAGUUCUUGGAUGAAAAGUUAUCAAUGGUGGAGGAAUAGUAGAAAAUUGGUUUGAUUUUGUGUUAGUUUGAAAACUUUAAGGAAGCUGAAGUUAGUUAAGGGUAAAUGUGUAAAUGCAUGAGUUUGAGAAUAAAUAGGUAGUUGAAGGAAGUUAGAGGGAAGACAUGUUGAGGUUUAGCAUAAAUACCAAAUCUCAAUGUAAGACUAAUGGUCACUUGAACUAAACUUGAAUUUUGCUUUGUAUUUCCUUUUGAAUUUAUCUUUGAAUUCACCACUUUUACUUUGAAUUUUUGUGAAUUAAGUCAUUCCUUUGGAAGUUCUUUUUUGUAAAGUGAUUUUGUUGGAAAUAAGUGCUUUUGUUGGUGGUCAAAUUCUAACUUUUCACUUGAGAAGUACAUAAACCCCCUAAGCGUGAGGCUUGGUAAGGGCGAUAUGCUUAAGUUUAUCGGUUGGUAGAUUAUCCGAGAUAUGCAUCCCGAACGUACAUAAGUCCUAAAGUAGUUUAUCGGUUGCUUUAUUUUACUGUAUAGCUGAGAUCUUAUUUGUUUUGAUACUAAACAGUGAUGGUUUGUAUCCGUGUUAUUUUGUGUUUAUUACAUUCUUCCUAAAGUAUUUCUUACUAAAUUAAGUUGAUAAAAUGGACAGUUAUAUUUUAUUUUUUAUGUUGAGAAUCACAACAAUCUGUUUCUCUACCUAUUUCAAUUUAUUUAUGUUUUUCAAACAAUUUUAGAUGGAAAAAAUGCAAUAUAAUACAUAUAUCAUUUUUUUAUAUAUCAAUAGCAUACUCGAAAUUUAACUCACUAAUCAACAUUUUAUUUUUAUUAUAAGAAGUAUUUUGAAAGAUAUGGGUUUAAAACUUAUUUUGAAUUAAAAUUUUUAACAACACAAGAAUCACUCCAAAUAAAUAUAUUUAGUUAGCUGAGUAUAUUUCCUAUAAUUUACCACCACUUCUCAAAAGACAAGAUCUUGUAUUGAGUUUCUAUUUGAGGUCACAUGUUCAAAUUCCAACAAAUACAAAAAUAUAUUAUUUUAAAUAUUAUUUUUUUAACAUUAAAAAUAUAUGAUUUAUAUGAAACAGAUUUACUCAUUAUUCUACAUGGAUGAAAUGAGACGCCUCCUACGUGGUUAUCUAAACUAAACAGCCCAUGUGAGUUGUGAGCAGAUAAUCCAAUACACCACUUAGUACUCACUCCUAUGUAUUACUUAAUACAUUACUUAAUACUCCACUAGUCUCGUUUCCCUCGAAGAAUUUGUUUUUUUUGUUCAGUAUGUAGUUGUUUAAGGAGACCGAUAAUACUCCACUAUUAUUUUAUUUCUAUUUGAGGGAACGGUUCGAUGAAUUAUAUUUCCAUGACAGUGAAUUAUUAAAAUAAUUAUUAAUUUAUUUUACUUCUAUACCGUUGCAACUUUGCAGCAACUUACAAGUCUUGUUAACUUGCAUUUCCUUCUACCUUGCAUUGCAUUUUCUUUCCACUUCCAUUUUUCAAACUAUUCUUACUCGGUUGAACUAAGUUAUGGCUGCCAUUGUUGGAGGAGCACUUCUGACAGCUUCCAUGGAGAUGCUGGUGAAAAAGGUCGUUUCUGGUGAGUUUAUUGAUUUGUUUCGGAGGACUAAGCUGGACGUUGAGCUGUUGGAAAAGCUGGAGAUUACACUGCUGAGUCUUCAAUCUGUACUUUAUGAUGCUGAGGACAAACAGAUCACUAACCCUGCUGUCAAGAAGUGGCUGGAGAUGUUGCAAGAUGCUGUCUUUCAAGCUGACCAACUGUUCGACGAACUCAACACUGAAGCUUUAAGGUGCCAAGUUGAAGCUGAUCAGGUUCUUAAAAAGUUUUUAGAUUAUUUUAAAAGGUUUAAUAAAAAGAUCAACUCUAAAUUGCAAAAAUUAUUUGGAAGAUUAGAACAUUUGAGAAACCAAAAUCUUGGAUUGAAAGAAGGUGUUUCCAGCUGUGUUAGGAAUAUAACUCCUACAAGCCCUUUUUUAGGAAAUGAAUAUGAUAUUAAAGGCAGAGAUGAUGACAAAAAGAAACUUAAAGAGUUUCUGCUGUCAGAGGGUGGCAAUGAUGGUGGAAGUAAAAUAGGAGUGAUUUCCAUUGUGGGUAUGGGAGGGUUAGGAAAAACAACACUAGCUAAACUCCUUUACCAUGACCGUGAUGUGAAGGACAAGUUUGAUGUUAGAGGGUGGGCACAUAUUCCAAAAGAUUUUGAUGCUGUCACUAUCACUAAAACCAUUCUUAAAUCUGUCAAUUCAGGAACAAUUAGAGAAGCUGACUUAGUUAAACUCGAAGAUCAGUUGCAGCAAAGUUUAAGUAACAAAAAGUUUUUGUUAGUACUGGAUGAUAUAUGGUAUGGAAACUAUGUUGGUUGGAUUAGUCUAAGUGAUAUCUUUAAUGUUGGACAAAUAGGAAGUAAGAUCAUCAUCACAACUCGAGAUGUAAGAGUCGCACUACCCAAGCAAAAAUCUCUCCAUGUCCACCAUUUAAGAUCUUUGGAAACUGAAGAUUCAUGGUCUUUACUAGCCAGACAUGCAUUUGUAGAAAGAAACUGCCAACAACAUCCCAGUUUAGAAAUAACUGGUAGAGAAAUUGCCAAAAAAUGUGGCGGUUUACCAUUAGCUGCAAUAGCACUUGGGGGUAUUCUCCGGUUCAUGUCACCGGAUCGUUGGAGUGAUGUGUUAAAAAGUAGUAUUUGGGAACAUACAAGUGAAGUUGUGGAACCAUCUCUACUACUGAGCUAUCAUUACCUUCCAGCUUCUCUAAAAGGAUGCUUUGCUUAUUGUGCAAUUUUUCCAAAGAACUCAGUCUUAGUGAAAAAGACGAUGGUUCAGUUGUGGAUUGCAGAAGGCUUAAUACCUCAGCCAAAAAAUGAGAAUAGUUGGGAAAAAGUAGCUGAAGAAUUCUUUGAUGAGUUAAUGUCUAGGUCUCUGAUACGUCAACGGUCUAUUGAUGAUAGGUCAGAACAAUUCAAUGGUGAUGAAGAUGUUUGGUUUGAAAUGCAUGACCUCAUCAAUGAUUUAGCUAUGGCAGUUUCAUCUCCGUAUUGCACUAUGUUGGACACAAAUAAGCCAAAUCCAAGGGUGCAAUACUUGGCAUACGACAGAUUUGAAUAUAACUCAGACGAUGAAUUUGAAAAAUUGCAUGGAUUAAAAAGACUACGAACUUUUCUACCCAUGCCGUUGCAAUCUUUAGGGGUUUAUGAUAAUUCUGUAUCGUCAAAGUUAUUUUCUGAUUUGUUGUCAACAAUGACACAAUUACACGUGUUGUCUCUUUCAAACUCUUUAAAUAUCACAAAGUUACCCAACUCUAUUGGAAAUUUGAUUUACUUGCGAUACUUGAAUCUCUCUUACACUGAGAUUAAAAGUUUGCCUUCAGAAACGUGCAAGCUUUACAAUUUGCAGACGUUGUUGUUGUCAUAUUGCUAUAAACUCGAUGAAUUGCCAGAAGACAUGGGAAAAUUGGUGAAGCUACGCCACCUUGACAUUAGAGGCACUAAAUUGAAGAAAAUGCCGGCACAAAUGUCCAAAUUAGAAAAUCUGCAAACAUUGUCGUACUUUAUUGUGAGCGGCGUUAAGGAUGUUGGGUUGAAGAUUGAAGAUCUUGGAAAAUUUCCCCAUCUACGAGGAAGCCUUUCCAUCUCACAACUUGAAAAUGUAAUUGACUCAUCCCAUUCUUCUCAAGCAAACUUGGAGUCGAAGAAAGAAAUUGACGAGUUGGAACUAGGAUGGUCUUACACUGCUCCUUCAAACUCACAAAUACAAAGUGUUGCAUUGGAGCGACUGCGCCCGUCGACAAAUUUGAAGAGUUUGACCAUCUCUGGAUUUGGUGGAGACAAAUUAUCAAAUUGGGUGGGAGAUUCUUUAUUUGUAAACAUGGUGUGUUUGAAGAUCACAAGGUGUAAAAAAAUUUCAGUGCUGCCAUCCUUGGGGCAACUCGGUAAUCUAAAAGAACUUUUUUUUAGUGAGAUGGAAUCUGUUAAAAGUGUUGGUACCGUAUUCUAUGGAAGUGGUUCUUCUUCAUUUCAACCAUUUGCCUCUUUAGAGACUCUACGCUUUGAAUUUAUGCCAGAGUGGGAGGAAUGGGAGUUGAUUGGAGGUACAUCUAUAGAGUUUCCUAGUCUUAUUAGCCUUAGGUUAAGGGACUGUCCAAAACUGAAAGAAAACAUACCUGGCAACCUUCCUAAGCUUGAAAGUUUGUCACUUGAAGUUUGUCCCAAACUUGAAGGGAUGACACCCAACAAUCUUCCUUCUCUUGCGGUCCUUAUGUUAGAGGAAUGUCCCUUAUUGAUGGGUUCAAGACAGUCUAUUACAAACCCACCAUUUGACAUAUUCAGCCAAUUGGUGAUUUGUCUCAAUUCUCUUCAAAAGUUGAAGUUAUACAGAAUUCGAUCUCUAACAUCCUUUCCGAUAGACGGCCUUCCCAAAACCUUACGAUCUCUCUCUAUCUUUUACUGUGAGAAUCUGGAGUUCUUUUCUCAUGAAUCUUUUCACAAUUACUCGUCACUUGAGGAUUUGCAUAUAUUAAAUAGUUGUAAUUCAAUGACAUCAUUUACCUUGGGCUCUCUCCCUGUCCUCAAAAGUCUAGAUAUUAAGAAUAGUGAACAUUUAAAAUCCAUAUCAAUAGCAGAAGAUGCAUCGGAACCAAAUCUAAUGUUUCUUAGAAGCAUCAGAAUACAUAGCUGUGAUGAACUGGAGUCAGUUUCCUUAAGUCGAUUACCCAUUCCUAAACUCACUUAUUUAAGUUUGCGGAGUUGUGAGAAGUUAAGUUUCAUAGAACCAAUAAAGACUCUAACUAGCCUUCAAGAAAUGCAAAUUAAUGACCUUCCAAAUCUGCAAUUUCUACCUGAAUCAAUGAAGACUCUAACUAGCCUUCAACAAAUGACAAUUACUGGCCUUCCAAAUCUGCAAUCGUUUUCCAUAGAUGAUAUGCCUAUCAAUUUGCAGCAACUAUUGGUCCGCGAAGUUGGAGGGAUUUUGUGGAAUACAACUUGGCAACAUCUCACUUCUCUUUCAAUGCUGCGUAUUAAGAGUGAUGAUAUUGUGAAGGGGCUGAUGAAAACGCAAGUUCCGUUUCUACCCACUAAUCUCGUUUCCUUGGGGAUCUUUGAGCUUAAAGAUAUAGAAUGUUUGGAUGGGAAGUGGCUUCAACAUCUCACCUCUCUCCAUAAACUUGUGAUUGAUCAUGCACCCAAGCUUCAGUCGUUGCCAGAAAAGGGGGAAUUGCCUUCCUCUCUUGAAGAACUGCAUAUCAGAUAUUGUCCGUUGUUGAAAGCAAAUUUGCAGAGGAAGAAAGGGAAAGAGUGGAGUAAGAUUUCUCACAUUCCCUCAAUAGUUAUAGACUUCAAAACCAUCAAAUGAGUUAUUACAUCAAGGUUUUGGUUUAAUUUGGGGUUCAAAUUGAAAUGAAAUGCUUCCUGGUUCUCACAUCAAAACCCAUUUUAUUCUUGCUGCUUACAUGGGUCACAUUCUCAAAGAGGAUAUCAUAAAUGGGUUGUUCAAGAAGUCUAAAAUUAACGUUGAUUCUGAGAUGGAGGAGAUUCUAAGAGAAGAAACAGUAAAGCGGGAGACAACAAUUAUGCGGCUUCCUCAACAUUUUGUGCAUGGCUACUUAAAGAUAGAGAAUGCUUGGAUGGAAAGUGGCUUGAACAUGGUUGUAAGAAGUGGUGUAAGUUUCCCUCUCUUAAAGAACUGAAAAUCAAUUUGUGAAGAAGAAAUGAGAAAAACAGUGGUGUAAGAUUACUCACAUUCCCAGCAUGCUUAUAGAUUAUGAAUUGGUCAUAUUCAGUGAGUAUCAUGUUCCAAAUUCCAACAGCAGACAAGUCAGAUUUCUAAGACGACAUGGAGCAAUCUGGAGGAAUUGCAAAAUUACUAAUCCAUUAACUGUGACAUCAUAAACCAAGAAGAUCACAAAAAAGUCUUUGUCCAUGAGGUAAUGGUGUAGUUACAGGUCUGACGUAGUGAUAUCACCGAUGUAGUAUUUAACCCAAAUGAUGCACUCUGCAAGGCUUCAUGGUUAUGAGUAUUUGUUAACAGUAUACGAACUUCCAUUUGUGUUGUGGUGAACAUAUUAAUCUUAGUCUUUCUAAACGCAAAUAAUUUUUUGGUUUCUUUUCUAAAUGCAAAGAUAAUGUGUAGUUUUCUGAACUAAACCAUAUCAGUAUGAGGAUUUUAAAUUCAUGUGUGUUAUUUGUGAAUAAGAAUUAGUGUUGGAAUAUAUUAUUUCUAUUUGUAUUAUUUCCCUAUUUGUAUUAUUUCCCUUUAUUAAGAAAUAAUAUCAUUAUUGUAUUACCAUUAUAUAUACCAGCCUAGAGCUCAGGAAUAAAAUAUAACAACUUUUUUACCAUUCCUUUCAAUAUGGUAUCAAGAGCUCUGGGUUAGGGUUUACUGUAAAACUUCCACAACAGUUUUCGAUUGACAUACCCGUUUAAUCCCCUAUGGCGAAUCACGGCACGAAUUCGCCCGCUCUAGGUUUUGCCUACACCGGAUCCAAUAAUGGCGGUGGCCGCGGUGAUGGCGGCGGCCGCGAUAACGGUGGUGGCCGCGGAAAUGGCAAUGGUGGCGGACACGGCGACGAAACAUCGGGUGUCACAAACAAUGGCAGUUAUUUCAAUAUAGGCGGCAAUGACCAAGAGGGUUCCUCAUACUCCCUCAAGGUCAAUAUUCCUAAGAUGAAUGGGAAUAACUAUAAUGAAUGGGCCCAGACAGUUCGCUUGGUAUUGGAUAGCAAAGGGAAGUUGGGUUUUUUAACUGGAGGAGUAGCUGAACCGGCAGUAGGAGACCCUCUUUACAAACAAUGGAAAUCUGAAAAAUCCUUGAUUAUUGCGUGGUUGGUAAGCUCUAUGGAUACUGGAAUAGGUAAGCCUUAUAUGUUUUUGCCUUCUGCAAAGGAUGUAUGGGAAGCUGUUAAGGAAACAUACUCUGAUAUUCAAAACUCUUCCCAAAUUUUUGGUUUAAAAUCAAAGUUAUGGCAUGCGAAACAAGGGGACAAGAAUGUUACUGCUUAUUACAAUGAGUUGUUGACCCUUUGGCAAGAGUUGGAUCUAUGUUAUGAUGACAAUUGGAGGUGUACAGAAGAUAGUGUUUUGUUUCUCAAAAGACAAGAAAAUGAUCGUGUCUUCAUGUUUCUCGCUGGGCUCAAUAAAGACCUUGAUGAGGUAAGAGGUAGAGUUUUAGGAAAAAUACCAUUGCCAACUCUUCGUGAAACUUUUGCAGAAAUAAGAAGGGAGGAGGCACGACAAGGUAUUAUGAUGGGCGAAACACCACGAAGCUCUGAAUCUG